CGAUCCUCGAGGUAUAUGAAGCAACCUGUGGACUCUGGGAUCAUCGAGUUCCCAUCGGAACGUACUAUGGCGAAUAGCAACAUUCUUGCGGCGUUUGCCAUUCUCCUGAUUUCUUUGUCUUUAAGUUCGGCUUUUAUUCAGCAAGACCUGGGCAUUUCUCAAGAUUUUGAAACAUAUUUCGACAAUGAGCAACAGUUUCUUCGGGAAAAAAGACAGAAUAAUUUACAAGAUUUAUUUGAGGAAAAGCAAGAUUUUGUAAAAUUGGAAGAAAACUUAUCGGAGGCUCAAACCAUUCAUGAGAAAAGAACGGUCGGAGAAGAAAAGAUAAGCCAGAUAGACGACAAGAAAGACGAAGCGCAGGAGAAAUUGAGCACGCCGAAAACAAGCAACGAUAUCAAAGAAAAUGUUCAGGAUGAUACAUUUUCGUACAGGAAUAUGCACGAUUUCAUUCAAGCAAUGAUUCUUGUGGACGAAUCAGGUAUCAUUGAAAGACUGCAAAAAAUGCAAGAAUUAGAGAAUGCCACGGAAUCCGAAAAACUCAGCAAUUUACCGAAACGUCACGCAUCCGCAUCCGCAUCCGCUUCUGCAACUGCAACCGCAGUCACCAGCGAUCUAUUGGGGGGAAACCUUUGGGAUGCUGUUCCUCUAACUGAUUUAGACUCUCAUUCCUGCGAGGUCGAGUCCAUUGAAUACGGUCAUGUGCAUCUCUCGGGUAUAGUCGUACAUGAGCUCUUUUGUGAGCUGAGAAAAUUCUGGCAUUAUAUUCUGAUCAUCUUGCGUAACCUCAAGGAGGGACUCACUUUGGGACCAUUGGUUGCCGGUGAAGCCAUCGUCUCAGGCAGCCACGGCAUCCUUAGUCGCUUGUUACAUUACAUCCCGCAUGUUUUCAGACAUAUCAUCAAAGAACCUCAUCAUCUACUGCUUCUACCUGAUAUAUUUUGUGAUGCCGUACCGUUCCCUAGCAUCACCGGUGCUAUUCAUCGAGUUAAGCACGUCUUCUUCAAGCUACUGCAUUUCGUGCGCGAGUUGAUUCAUGGACAUAUUCGCUGCGUUCUCAGACACAUUUUCCAUCAUUUGGGUACGGGACUGCGAGAAAAAUUGCACGGACUUUGUCUAGGAAAAUUGCAUCAUUUGGGACUUCAUUCGGCAUUUCCAUUAGAGGAAUCAGUUACAUCUGUAACAUCUGCAACGGCGACAGCAACGGCGACAGCCACGACAAGUGACAACGUGAUUCCGGAUUAUCACAGAUCAUUGGCGGAAGUUUUAACUUCUCUCCGCGGUUUCUACAACGGCUAUCAUGCGUCCGGAAUACCUCAGCUAAUCAGAACCGGCGUGGGAAGCAUUUCCACGUCCUCGGCAGUCUCCACUGUUAGAUCAUACGUUUCCAGAUUGCCUUUCUCGAAUUACUUUGGAUGUGGACAGAACGCCGCAGUGACGAGUACGGCGACCAGCGCGGUUAGCACAUCAAGUGCGUCAGCAGCUUCCGUUGCCACGCCAGUAAUAGCACCAAUAAUGAGUCCAACAAUAGUGCCAAUAACACCUAUUGUUGAAUCCGAGAUUGCGAGCGCUUCAGCGUCCGCUACUGCGUCCGUUGUCACCGAAACGCAGCCGCUGAUUGCACCCGUCGUUUCUGUGGCACCAACGGUAUAUCCCUGCGAACCAACAUCCAUUGUUCCGUCUGAUGUUUCGGCGGCUACAGCAACAGCGACAGCGACGGCGACAGCAGCGGCAUCAUCACCGGUAGAGAUUCCACUAAUCGAACCAGUGCCCAUUUUCUCUCCAGCGAUCGACACCGUUGAAAGCGCGGUAUCCGCAAGUAGCUCCGCGAGCGCGGCGACUCUUACCGCGCCGGAAAUCAUCGCACUUUCCGCCAAUAAUCCUGGAAGCACUGUGACAUCGACCGCUGCAGCGUCUGCAGCUGCUUCGAAUGUUGUCUCGUCUCCUUUACCGUUCAGCCUACCACAAUUCAGAUACAGACCCAGGCCCAUUCUAUCACCCGUCCUGUCUCCUGCAGCAGCAAGUGCAUCUGCCGUUAGUAGUGCAUCUUCAUCUUCGACAGGCGGUCCGACUUUAUUUAUACCAAAUCAAUAUGGUCUAAACUUCAAUCGUUAUAGACGUCCGCUGUUUCGUCAACCGAUUCAUUCUUCUGUGCCGUCGGCUGCAGCCGCAUCGGCUGCAGCAUCGGCCGCCACGUCAUUAGGAGGAACUUCAGCUAGCACAGCUAGCGCUGUUUCCUCGUUGGCUGACAACUUGAAUUUUGUCUUGCCUAGGCAGGAUAUCAUCGGUGCUCUGGGAUCCGAUUAUCUACUGCCGGGCGACGUUAUUGCCAUCACUUUGAAAAAUAGAUCAGUUCUAUGCGGUCACGUGUUCGAUGGUAGCAGCCCGAUUAGGUUCAGUUUUCUCAAGCCGAAGCUACGAGCUUCGGUCAUUCGCAAUGGGAGACGAAUUUGGAAUCUCUUGCCUAGACAUUUCAGAAAUCCGCAAUGUGUUAGGAGGCUUAAUAAUCCUCUUCUUUUGCGUUAUGGUCAACACUGGCUUUAAUAGUCUCUAGACACUUUAUGUAUAAUAUAUCAUACAUAUAAAAAACUAGUCCUAAAUCAUUAUAUUGUGUAUGCAAAAUGCUUGUAAUCGAAUCAAUUGUGAAUAAAGAUGUACUUAAAGUUGAUUGCAUAA